UACGCUAUAUCAAUUUCUUUCCAUGCAGGAUCUAUGAUUUGGCUAGAUACUUCAAACAUCACCUACACCAAGUGGUUCCAAGAUCCACCCUCAGCUUUUGCAUCAUCCUGCGGCUAUAUCCUGAAGAACGCUCAGUACCAGUGGGGAGUAACUGAGAAUUGUAGCCAGGAGUUUGAUUUUAUUUGUGAAUUUGAAUCAGGCCACAGCGUUGCUUGUGAAAACUCCAACGCCACCGUGCAGUGUGGGUCAGGAGAAGUCAUCCAGAUCGGAGAGAGCUUCUAUGGGCGGAAAACUCCUCACUACUGUGUCCUCGAGACUCCCCUGCAGUUUGAUGACGAAGAUGAGUGCAGUUGGAUUAGCGUGAAAGAUGAAGUUGCAGGAGAGGACCUCUCCCUGGCAGAGGAGAUCCCUUGUUCAAAGUAUCAGGUGGCUUUCAAUCACUCGUGCUACGAAUUUGUGAGACUCCAACGCACAUUCACAAGUGCCCAGAGCUGGUGCGAGAGAGGAGGUGGCCAUUUGGCCUUUAUUGGGAAUGAAGAGACUCAAACAUUCUUGGAGGGACACCUCUCUGAAGACAAGGAGUGGUGGAUCGGUAUAACCUACACCUCUUCAAAUGAAACUAAUGAAGGUAUUCCAAGCUUUCUGAACUAUCAUCCCUGUAGUCCCUACUACGCCCGACAUAUCCAGAUUUCACAACCUAGCAAAGCUCUUGAAGACUAUUCAGACUAA